CUUGCUCAUUUAUUUCAUCAUAUUGUAAUUACAGAAACAUAAACAAAUGGUUGCAAGGGAAAAAUAUGGUCAUUUUGCUAAAAUACGUAUUCGAUUCACUCGUAGAAUUCUGCUCUUUCGCUGAGACGAUAAGAUAAGACAAAGUAGCUACUUACGCGUUGGCUUGGGUACUUCUGAUAACGCAGUCGAAGUAACAAGCCCUGACAAUAAGUGACGACAUGCUCUCUUGGACAAGUGUCUAAAUUAGAACAGGGUUACAGGGUUAGGUACUGUGAUAGUGUUAAAAUGACUAACGUUUUGUCAAUGAACAUUCGGAGAAACUAGUGAUUAGCAAGAUAAUAAUGAUGUGUCUCACUUCUGGAAAAUGCAGGAAGAGGCUGGUUUAAAAUGGAAAUCCACAGACUGUCAGAGGGGUCGACUUGGAAUUGGCCUCUGCUUGGAUCCGUUGUUGUUCUCAAUGUAUGCGUACCGAGUCUGGUCUUAGCUUAUGGAGUGUUCCUGGUGAAUUCCUUAGACCUGGGAGUUCCGCUAUGGCUUGGACUAUCCACCCCUGCCAUCUUCAUAUUCUCGUACAGCCUAACACAAUGUUGGUGUCGCGACGCCGCAGACUCGUGGGGCGGCCCCGUGGGGUACAGGGUGAUGGCGAGCCUGGGCCUGCUCCUUGUGGUGACCAGCCUCCUGUUGUGCGCCUUCCUGCCCUAUCACCUGCAGCCGUAUAUCUACGGAGUCUUAGGAGGUUGUGGAUCAUCUCUAAUAUCUGCCCAAGUAGACGCAGUAGUAUUUGAGACAUACGACACCAGGCUUGCAUUGGUUCGAGGAAUAUGCUUUGGUGCUCAAGCAGUCGGACAGUCAAUAUUCCCACACAUAAUAACAGCCUUCAUGAAUUGCUAUGGAUAUCCCUUUUCAUUCAUAGUUUUGAGUGGAGUUAUGCUGCAAACAUUGCCCGCAAUUUUAUUUUUAAAAAUAGACGAGAGUAUUAAAAGGCCAGUCCCCUUAUCACGAUAUACCGAUAAAACAUAUGCUAUUUUCAAUAAUGAAGUUAUGAAAGGUUAUACAAACGAAUUACAACUUCAUGAUUUGAACAAGAAGUGUUGGAAAAGUCCACAGGACGAUAAUGUCCAUCGGGAAGAGCUGCUCGAUGAUGUACAGUAUGACAACGAUGUUAAUGUUACAAUAACACCACCUCCUAGUCCCGAAGAGAAAAGGAGAAAUAUAUUUGGAGUUGAAAUACUUCCCGAGAUACCAGAGGAAAGUGAAGACAGCGAUGAGUCUGAUGCCGAUGAUGCAAGCACAAACGCCAACAAGAGUAAAAAACAAUUUAGCAACGCUUUAAAAAGACUGAGUACUUUAGGAGAUAGCUUUGAUGAAUACAUAACAAAACAAAUUAGACGAGACUCACAAACAGAUCGAGAUAGUGAAAGUAGAGAAUACACAGAAGUUGAAGUGACUUACGACACAGUUUCUCCAGUGACUGAUAUCCAACGGGAGAAGAUAUUCAACUCAUUCAGUUUCAGAUGUCAAUCUGCUUAUGCUAGUUUCAAGAGACGAAUGAGAAUGCCCUCCUAUAGAGUAUACAGGCUGAAGAGAAGACUGCUCUUCAUGAUGUACAGUAUCAACGAUACAUUUGUCAAACCGCUGAGUAGAUCUCUAUCGUGUUGGAGGUUUUAUCCCGCUUUGUUACUCUGCUUCUCCAAAUUAAGUUUGACAGCGAUAACAUUAGUGUUGUUACCAGUUAUUGCAAGUCAAGUGAAACCAAAGAUUUCUUCAACUGAAGCAAAUUUUAUGUUCUCUCUACAUGGAUUUACAUGGAUGUGUAUUUUAUUAAGCACGCCUUGGCUCGCCCAGACACCGAAAAGAAAUUUUAAAUAUGUUACUUUGAUUGGCUUACUUAUAUCCACAGUAGCUUGUUUUGUGUUGUCAAUCGCCACAAACCACGACUUGUUUUCAAUCGGCUGCGUGGUGGGUGGACUUGGUUACGGAGCGCUCACCUCCUGCUGGGAGACCGCGGUGCAGGACUUCGUAGGCCUCCGGAAGUGGCCGAAGUUCCACAGCGCCUUGGAAACGUUAUCGGGCACACUACUUUUUGUGUUUUGGGUGGGGCUCUCUUUCGUGGUAGACCAAGACGGUGGAGUCCAAUAUGCUAUGUUUAUUCAGAGUUCUAUACUCGCUGGAAUAACUUUAGUUUGGGUGAUAUUAGCGGCAGUAUCUUUGUACUUUACAAAAGUGAGAUCUCUUCGGUUUGGGCGACGUUGGAAGUUUUGAUAUCGUUGACGACUUAAAUUUUAAUGGGUCAAUAAAGGACGGUGUAUAUUUCUAGAGACUUUUAUACAUACUUACUAUAGUGUAAUUUUAAUAUAAGAUACUUUAUUAAUAAAUGUUAUACUCAUUAUAGUGCUA